ACUUUCACUUUGAGAACCCAAAGCUACUCUCAUCAUCUUUCUGACCAGCAAAACUUGUGGCCUUGUCAGCCCUCACUCUCAUAUGGGUCAGCCCCAUUUGUCCAUAACCCUCUCUCUCCACCCCCACAUACACACCUCCUUAAUAUCCUUUCCUAUCCCCUCCUCCUCCUCCUCCUCCCCCUCCUCUUCCUCCUACUCUUCUUGUUCUCAUUUUCCUCGUCAACAAAACCAUUAAGUUCCCGUAAAACUAGUACAAAUAGUCCACUUUUUCCUCCAUGGAUAAGAGCGAAAGAGAGACUCACGAUUUCAUGAACGUAGAAUCUUUCUCUCAGCUUCCAUUUAUCAGGCCUGCGCGGGCCAAAGAAAAGGGCAUUCGGCUUUUCGGAAUAGAAUUCGGAGGAAACGAUGUUAGUACUAGUACGGCAACAACGCAUGAAGAGUCAGGAGCAACAUUAACCGAAACUAAUGAAGAAGCAACUAAUAAAGAAAGUGAAAAUGGAGACAACAAUAGAAGAUUUGAAUGUCAUUAUUGUUGUAGAAACUUCCCUACUUCUCAAGCUUUAGGCGGUCAUCAAAACGCACAUAAAAGAGAACGCCAACACGCAAAACGCGCUCAUCUCCAGUCAGCUGUGGUUCAUAACAGCCUUUCUCACGAUGCACAUAUUUAUGGCUUGGUUAAUUAUAGGAUUAACGCAAAUCCUACUCCGGCAAUCACUUACCCUUCAUGGAAUAGUCAUGCGAAUAAUAGCAACAAUUAUAGGUUUUAUGGUAGCCAAGCUACAUACUCUCAUCAGCAACCUAUCAAUGGCAGUCCAUUAGGGUUGUGGAGGAUUCCGGCAGUUCAUUCGAGUGCUACUCUUCAUCGUGACCGUCCAAUGAAUCACGUGCCAUUAUUUGCAGGCGAAGAAAUGAAGCCAUCGCCGGUAAGUGGGUCAAGCUCUCAAGGACGGUAUGGAUAUGAGUCAAAGCCAAACGUACAAGACCAUGUGAGUUUAGAUCUUCAUCUGUAAUUUUUUACUAUGUUUAUAACCUGAACAAAAAAAGAGAAAAUUUGAGAGUUUCUUGCUUGAGCUGCUAAUUAUAUAAUUAUUGUCAAUCUUUUGUUUUGCAAAUGAGACAAUUCUAAGAACAACCCAUUUUCUCUA